UAUGAGUGCGUUUGGUGUGACAAUUUUGCUAGAUGUGAGCGCAAUGUGUAGAGAAACCGGAUGUAAACAGACAAGGAUGGCAGGCAGGCUUCUCAAGAAAGAUGUCUCCACGGCUGUACAGUAUUCAGCACUGCCACAAGACCUCAGUGAUAAUGAAGAAGAAGAUGAUGAUUCUGUUGUAAGAAAGCACAAACCCCAUAAAAAUGGAGUUCAUCGAGGUCACACAGAUGCCCAAGAAGAAGUUAUUGAAAUGGAAAACUUCACGUUACCAAAAGCACGAGUCUCGCGGUCUGAUCCAGAUGUGGCAGUUCGCAAAGGACGUAUGAUAUCAAAAGUGCCCAGGUGCUGUUUUAUAGUGGCAAUAUGUAUAUGUAUAGGAUUGGUUGUGACUGUAGCUUUUCUUUUGCCAUGCAGCGUUAGUGACUUGUGUGGUUUGUUGGGAAAAUCUGGAUCAGUUUCUUCAGGGACAUUCCAUGGAACAAAGAAUUGGAAGAUUGAUAUGGCAGAUAUAGGUUCAGAAUCAUGUAUAAGACUGGUGGAUGUAGAUGAAGAUGGAAGGUUAGACAUUCUUUUAGGCAUUGGAAUAGGCAAAGAUGUUCAUACACUUGAAGAUAAGGAAAAGAUGGACAAAUUUUGCAAAUCUCUAGGUUCCCCUUCCCCCUGUGCUGGGUUUGUUAUUGCUCUCCGUGGAUAUGAUGGCAAGGAGCUGUGGAGGUUGAACACGUAUGCUGAGGUGUUUGAAAUAAACUGUCAAGAACUAGAUGUUAACAAGGAUGGUAAACUGGAUUGUAUUGGAAGUGGACGCCUGUCGACUUUGUUGGCUUUUGACCCAAGAACAGGACAAGCUCUGUGGAGAAAGAACAGCACGGUGUUCAACAAUGGCUGGAAUAACUACAAUGUGAUCACAGUGCCUGACGUAGAUGGAGACACUGUGCCUGAGAUAGUCGUGCCUCAUGGAGGGGAGCCUAAGUUCAAGCCCUCAGAACAUGUCCGUUUUGCUGGCCGGCUGAUAAUGCUGUCUGGUGCCACAGGUCAUGUGAUUGGGCAGUAUUUAGAGAUGCCAGACAGCAAAGAAACCUACAGCUCAUUAGCAUUACACAGCAGAAAAGACGGGACACAGUUUAUAUUAUUUGGAAGUGGUGGAGAGACUGUUCCAGGAAAUUUUCUGGCAAUAUCCUUGGCAGAUUUCUUUAAGCAUGCUCUGUCAACAGAGCCACACAUGUCAGCUCCAAGUCUUGCUGGGAAUAAUGCUGCCUGGCCAGGAAAAUGGAAGGAUCCUGUUACUGGAAUAAUUACUAUCUAUAAAUCUGAUCUGAAGGGUGUGAUGGUCCCACCAACUCUGGUUGAUGUGACACAUGAUGGAGUCAAAGACAUCCUGAUGUCAGGGUAUGAUGGGACCAUGGCACUUUAUAAUGGAGAGACCUUGGAAACCAUUUGGCAGAAACAGUUUAUAGGAUAUGAAUCUUACAGCACUCCAGGAGUAGGUUAUUUUGAUGAUGAUGACAUACUGGAUUUCAUGUCUCACUGGAGCCAUGGAGAAUGGCCAAGCUAUGACCACUGCAUGACUGUGAUCCAAAAUGGCAAGACAGGUGAUGUGAUGUGGGCAUUGAAUACAUCUAAGUUUGAAAUGUCCUCACCACUAGUGCUCAGGACAACCGAUUUACACAGGGACUUAUUUAUCUUCAGAAGUCAGGGGAGAGAAGGAAAACUACACAAUGAUAACAUGGGAGAAACUCACGGAAUAGAUUUACAGAGACCACUCACCCCCAGACCUGCUCUAGACAAGUACCAAACCACCAAACCAAGCAGGGGGCAGAGUAGGGAUGAAAUCCAUGACAAGAAAACCCAGAACACUAUGGAGCCCUCUCACCCUAUGCCUGAAGAAUCAUUCCUAGGCAGAGGAAGAAAAAAUCAAUAUGAGCCUCCUGAUGAUAGCUCUUAUGAUAACAAUAAUAGAAAUAAAUGGCCAGAUGAUCCCAAUUAUCCCCCCUAUUAUAUUGAUCAAGAUUCUGAAGGAAGAAAGACGACAAAUUCAUUUUCUGAUUAUUCAGAAAGGAACUAUGGGCAAAAAGAUGGAUAUGGUAACCAGUAUGGUAACAGGCAAGGAUAUCCAGGGUAUCCAGGACAAGGAGAAAGUUCAAUGCAAGAGAACUAUGGGUCUGACAGUUUUGAAGGUGGAAGGCAGAGAUCAAAUAAGUAUGUGAAGCACAAUGGGCACAGUGUGGCUAAGAGGCAUGGGGAAGAAGGUGGUGAAGGACAUGUAACUUGUGAUGAUGAUUUGAAAGUUCUGACUACAGAGGUGUUUGCCAUGGACCGUACUACAACACACAACCUGGCAAGACUCUGGAAAUUCCCUGCCACUAAACAUUACUACAACAACAGUGAAAUGGUAGAGUUGUUAUCAGGCUCUCUAGAUGCCCCAAGGUUGGAUUCUAAUGAUCCAAAAGUAUUUUGCUCACCUUUUACAUCACAAGAGAGAACAACAGGUGCCUUAGGUGAUGUGGAUGGAGAUGGCAAAUAUGACGCAGUCCUCAUUGUGACAGGGGCGGCCUUGCUUCAUGAUGACAUGGGAAGUGAAUUGACCCUCAAGUACAAAACUUUUAUCUAUAAAGUGAACCUAGAAGAGGCUGUUCACCAGCAGGAUAUGGUACCAGUUAAUUCUACAGUUUCAUCUGAUCUAGGCAGCAUGGCAAACUUGACAGCUUUAAAAGAUGUUGGAUAUCUUCCCCAUGAGCAGCAACCAUGGACAGCAUACUUAGGUAGUGAUGGAAACUGUGUAUAUACUGAGAAGUAAAGUUGGCAGCUAAGUUUUAGAGAGUAAUGCUCUUUAGUAAACUAGAAAACAUACUUUUAAGAAUAGCAUAACUUGGGUAAAAGUAAAGUUAGUCUUUUAUUUUUUAGCCUAAUGACAUAAUUGUAUAUUACCUGCAUCAAUGUCCUCUCCUAGUCACAGUUCAUCUUGAUCUGUAGUUUUCAAAAGGGGGCUCCAUGUUGCUGAUUUAACCUUAUUCUGAAACAUUUCCACUUGGCCCAACAAGUCUUAGGUUCACAGCCUUUAAAUCUAUGUUUGAUCCGGCAGAGGUCUGUUUAGGUCAUUGAUCAGAAGAAAAUGUAAUAAUAUUUAUAAUAUAAACAGAAUCCUAGUAGAGAAAUCUGAUUUAGUUGAGUAACUAGAAUUAAACAAAGAAAAAAGUUUUAUCUGUUGUAGGUUGUUCAUUUUGAAAUAAGGUAACAGAUUAAUAUUUUAAGGAGGGGGGAGGAGAAGAGACAGCUGCUUCAAAAUUUUUUCAGAGAAAGAUGCUAUCCCCCAUCUUUUUAUUUUUAAUGUGUGAGGCAGAUUGCAAAUUACAAAUACGAUGUUGGCAUAAUAUAUGGUUGUUUUCUGUAUAUAUAUAUAUAUAUAAUCAGAUUUUGUGUCUUAGGCUGACAUGAUUUAUUAUAAGAAGAUAAUCAGAUCCAUAUUAUUCUGUAUAAUAUAAUAUAAUAUAAUAUAAUAUAAUAUAAUAUAAUAUAAUAUAAUAUCUCACAUUCACUGUAUUUCUAUAAUUAAUAGUGGCUUUUAGUAAACACUUUGCAUGUGUGUGUCCAUGGACAUUUCAGAAAUGAAGUCUGUUUUAAUAUAUUAUAUUAAAAGAUUUGAUUAAAAACCAGUGUUUUAAAUAGUUACAGACAUAAAGGAUUUGCUUCAUGGUAAGAAGUAAUGAAAUGUUUUCAGAAUUGUUAUUUUAUAAAAUUAAAGUAAUGUGUACUUAAGCAGUAAUUUUUAAUAGGUACAAUCCAUUGUUCCCAGUACAAAUAAUUGGUUAUAAGCUUUUUUGAUUUUUCCCUUGUAUUAAAAACAUAUAACCAUUCCAGUAUUUUUUCAGUUGCUUGCUUUUAUUUUUUGUAUAUAUUCAUUAAAUGGCAUUCCAAGCUACUUAUAUUUUAAUAAUGAUAUAUUUUCAGCUAUUUUACAUAUUUGGCUUUAUUUAUAGAGAUUAUGUAUACAUUUGUAGUGAUAACCAUGCAUUGCCAAAGAGGUGAUGUUUUCACUUCCAUUUGUUUCACCAGCCUAACUCAAGAAGUGAUGGAUGGAUUUUGAUUAAAUUUUUAUAGGAUAGGUUAGAAAUGGGCUAACUUAAAAGUGAUAAUAUUUUGGUGAUGAUCCAUUAAUCAAUUAAUUGUUAAUUGAUGGUUGAUUAUUAGUUUAUUAUUUGUCUUGGUAGAGGUCUACAGUCUGAGUGCUUUUCUAGUUAGAUGUCAUCUUCCUAGUCUUUUGACUAAUGGCACUGUUAAUGAAAAGUAUACAAUCCCUUACAGUAAGCAUUAGUUUUAUUAGUAAAUCACAAUGGAAUAUUGUUUUCUGUUUACAACAAAAUUGUAUGCGUAUAUGUGUUUUUGUUAUCUAUGUAAUAAACUUUUAACUUAGUUCA